GAAGCGCUUCUCGCGUUCAUCCAGUGUUUGGUGUGGGAUCCGCAGCAGCAGCUCGUCACGGAAACCCGUCGUCCUCGUGCAGGGAUGUGAUGCGCGCUCGCCGUUUGUCUUCAGCAUUAUCGGCGCUGGCGGAGGAGCGGACGCACGGUAGCGGAUUCUCUCCUCAACAGCUUCACUAGAGGAUGUACCGUGUUACCGGAGGAGGACGGCGGAGAGUCUUUCCGGGGGCCCUUCCGUGAGAAACGAACAAGGACGGAGCGGAUAGACACGGAUUUUGGACUCGAUCUGUGCGAAAGACACAAAGCGCUGGGAGGAUCUUGCUGUUUCUCUCGUGAUGCUGAGCAUGUAAAGAUCCGGACUGAGGGGUCGCCCUCCAGGGCCGUCGUCUCUCUUCAUCUGGGAUCAUGUUCUAGAGCCGACCCUACACAGCAACCAUGAAAGGCUUAGGGGCCAACCAUAGUCGCUAUCUGUCCGACACCUGCGACCCUACUGCGGGCCCCCAGGAGCCCCUGUGUCCCUUGGCCCCGGACCCUCAUGCUACCUUCCUCUUAAACCCCACCGUCAACCAUUACACCACUCUGGAUCCUCACCUGCAUCAUUUUCCUGUUUCCACCCAGACAACGCUUCAGUCGGACUGCAUGCUGCCCCUAAACAACCAGCUGACCAACAGCAGCACCUUCCCUCGCCUCCACUACACCACCCAGCAGGAACAGAGCGACUACACACAGGCUUGUGUGGUUCAGACCGGUAGUCGCUCCAGCACCCUCACGUCAUCCAUGUCCAUGGGGAUGGGUUUGGGUCUGGGACUGGGUGCUCCAGCCAUGAUCAGCAGUGGCACAGCCACCAUCUCAUCCGCGGCGGCUGCCAAAAUGAACCGGCUCCCGGCCAACCUGCUGGACCAGCUGGAGCGCCACCUACCCCUGCAGCGGGACGGGUUCAGCACACUGCAGUUCCACCGGCGCAGCCGUGGCUCCAAGCAGCGCAGCGAGAGUCCCAGCCGCAUCCGCAACCUGGUGCAGUCCGUCCAGAAGCUGUUCGCCAAGUCCCAAUCCUUGGAGGUUUCGGCAGUCAAAGGGAGCAUCACCACGGGCCCAGCCAGCGAUGCGGCCAAAGCGACUCAGCGAAGCAAAAGCAAAGACUGCGCCAAGACCGAAGGCACCAAACGCCGUCCGCGACCCAAUCUCUCAGGCUUCUGGAGCUCAGAUGACGGUUUAGAAGAUGAGGCGCCAGCUCAACCCAUCGCGGGCCCAUUAGCGGUGGCAUAUCGAAACCCUCUCAGCAUGAUGACGCUCGGUCGGGCCGUGUCGGACAGUCAGGCGGCUCCCAGACCGCAUCCACAGGGCUACAACACCAUCGCUGCACAUUCGCUCAAAUCCUCCAAGAGCAGUGGCGACCUCAAGCCCACGGUCAGCCUGCCCUCCUCCACGGGCCAAACAGGGGAACACACGCUGGUUAAGAGAGGCUCGUGGUCCACACUGACCCUCAGUCAGGCCCGACAGGUGCUUCAGAAGGGCUCAGCCACCGUCAACCAGACCCUGCUCAAGUCCAAGUCAUGCCACGGCCAGGAGAUGACCUGCAACUUCCUGCAGUUACCUGCGGGUGACUUUAGCGGGAUUCUGGGUAAGGGAGGAGGUGGCACGGGCGAGAUACCGUGCAGGCGGAUGCGCAGCGGCAGUUAUGUUAAAGCCAUGGGAGACAUGGAGGAUAGCGACGACUCGGACGGACCUCCUUCACCCAAACCUUCACCCAAAACAGCUGCCAGACGCCAGAGUUACCUGAAGGCCACACAACGCUCGCUCAGUGAACAGCAGCCGCCGUCGCUGCUGCCACGCAACCGAAUGCCAUCUCUAUGCGAGGUCUCCACCAAUCGCAGCCUGGAUAACCUGGACUGUCUGAUGGGAGUGGACGAGGAGGGUUUGCUGCAUUGGGACACUGAUGCGGGAUUCGGUCAGCGCUGCUCUACACUGGGGCGAGGGUCCACCAUGGGCCAGGUGGAGCAGGGCUACCGGAGCGGCACGGCGUACGGUCAGCUGGACUCUCAGGCGGUGGAGGCCUUGGAUCUGCCCAAACCCACCUGCUUCCGCUCGCGGAGCCACAGUUACCUGCGUGCCAUCCAGGCCGGAUGCUCUCAAGACGACGACACGGGCUCCGCAGACUCCGACGAGACGCCACCUAUAACCUCAUCCAUCAGCAGCUAUAACAGCACCACCAUGUCCAUGUGUACGGCCGUCUGUAAGAAGAAUCCUCCGCCUAUUCCUCCUCGCACCACCUCCAAACCCUACAUCUCGGUGACGGUGCAGAGCAGCACUGAAUCGGCCCAGGACACGUACCUGGACAGCCAGGACCAGCGCAGCGAGGUCAACAGCCAAUCAGGACGCAGCAACUCCUCCGACAGCAUCGCCAGCUCUCGGACAGGAAGUCUGGUCAAGGCCAAGCGGCUCCCCAUCCUUCCUCCCAUCCCCACCCCGCGGGAACCCGUGCCCAUGCCCAGCGCCAGAGUGACCACGCCUCCUCCUGCAGUCGCUCCGCCCUCUCUAGCCCCGGAUGAUAGAAACGAUCCCACGAGCCUCAGUGUGGCACCUGGCGAACCGCAAGCCCUGCCCAAAAGAAAACUCUCGUCCAUUGGCAUUCAGGUGGAUUGUGUGCAGCCGAAUCUGAAAGAGGAGCAAACUCCCACCACCAGGUUCCAGUCCAUCGGGGUUCAGGUUGAAGACGGCAGGCCACUCAGUCGCUUCACUAGCAUGGCGUCUAGACAGGAGACGACGGAGGCCGAAUCCCUGGAGCAGUCUGACGGUAAACCUUCGGAGAACAGGACGCUUCACCAGUCUCUGGACGGCUGCAGCUUUCACCGAGCUCCCCGUGCUUCGUCCUCGCUGCAGGAGGAGCUGGAUCCGGCGCUGGACCCGUCCUCUCUCCCUCCCCCCGACCCGUCUCUGCAGGCUGGGAGCGUGAACGGAGCCGUGGAGCAGCCCGGGGGCCCGGCGUGCCUCAGGGACGGACGCUGGUUCCAGAAGCUUCUUCAGGCCGAGACGGAGCGCAUGGAGGCCUGGUGUCAGCAGAUGGAGCACGAGACCAAAGACAAACCGCUGUCAGAGGACGUGUCGGGGAAGGUCCGCAGUGCCGUCGGCAGCGCUCAGCUCUUAAUGUCUCAGAAGUUCCAGCAGUUUCUUGGUCUCUGUGAGCAGAACCUGGAUGCGAGCGCUCAGCCGCGGCCCACAGCGCAGGAUCUGGCCGGCUUCUGGGAUCUUCUGCAGCUCUCCAUCGAGGACAUCAGCCUGAAGUUUGACGAGUUGCACCUCCUCAGGUCCAACGACUGGAAGAUGUGCGAGACCCAGGACAAAAAGGAGGAGAAGAAGUCGGCUCCGUCCCACACACCAAAGAAGACGGUGAAGGUCAAACCCAGCGGAGGAAAGGAGAAGAGCAGCGACUCGCUCGCCGACAAACAGCGGCAGGAGGCCAGAAAGCGACUGAUGGCGGCCAAGCGAGCCGUUUCUGAACGACAGAACUCUGCCACCGAGAGCGCCGAGAGCAUCGAGAUCUACGUCCCCGAGGCUCAGACGCGACUCUGAUACACGAAGCAGACGCUCGGGGUCUGUGUGGCCAACGAGCAAAACAUACUAAAUAAAAAGAGCAUUUGACCGCUGCCACAGAAGAACCCCUCCCACUUGACAUUGAUUUAUAUGGUUACUCUUGUAAUAAUUCUAAAUGUUAUAAAAGUUAAUAAUUAUCUCAUGGAUAUAUAUAUAUAUAUCUAUCAAGACUCGGUCUGUAAAUGUGCUGAUAUCGCUGAUGAAAACACACGCGUCACACGUCACAUGACCCCACAGCAUGCGCUCAGGAUCCCGCACGUGUGUUCCUCGUCUCUCAUCAGCGCAGUCUUCCUGUUCUCACCAAGAUUUUUGAUUUCCUCUUCAUCCACCGGUUUUGGAGCACGGAUGCGUGACUCUUUCACUUAAAGGGAAGGUUUGGACGGUACUACGGAUACUUGAAGUGGUAAAAGAGAUUUUUGCACUCCACUAGUUGGGUUUGAUUCACUCCAGUAAUCAAAACUCCUUCAGCUUGUUUAAUUUGUGCACGAUCCAUCGAUCCGUUUCGGUUUAUUUAAUAGGGUUCAAACAUGAGCACUCGGCUUUGUUUUUACGAUGAAUGUUUUAAUAACUCAAUGACAAUGUCCCGAUUUUUUACUUGGGCCAACGGUGUGUUAGUUUUGUACUAUUAUUAUUAUUAUUAUUAAUGUUAUUAUAAUUUGAAAGCCUUCAGUUGUGUUUUUUAGUUCUCUAGUCCUUCCAUGUGUUUCCGAGCGCUCAGUUUCCAGAUGAUUUGGGAUCGGUUCCAGUCUGUGUGUGACCAAUCAGAUCCGAAAUGUUUUUAAUGAUUAUUUUCUCUCCGAUAUUAAAAUAUUGAGGCCGCUUUCAUUAACAAAUCAUUUGUUUGUCAGAGUUUAUUAUUGAUUAUAAGUAUUAAAGAAAUAGUUGGAAAUACACUCUCCCUCAGCUCAUCCAAAAUGUAUUUGAGUUGUAGAUUUGGGUAAAUGUAGCAUUGCAUCAGUGUCUCAGCAAUGGAUGCUCUGCAGUGAAUGGGUGCCGUCAGAAUGAGAGUCCAAACAGCUGAUAAAUACAUCACAAUAAUCCACACCACUCCAGUACAUCAGUGAACAUCUUCAAACUGUUGACACUAAACCAUAAUAAUGCUUUCUAAAUAUCUAAUCUGAUGAAAAAACUAACUCAUCUACAUCUCAGAUGGCCUGAGGGUGAGAACAUUUGCCAGGAACUGUUAAUUUGAGCGAACUAUUGAGAUCUGAAGGACAUUUCCAUGUGUAUCCGACAUUGAAGAUCGCUGCUGGAUCACAAGAAUGUUUCAGAAGCUUGAUUUUCACACUUUGUGUGGUGCAUCAAGUUCAGACUUGCUUUAGUUUGGAUUCAACAUGUAGACUUCUCUUCCAUUUGCUGAUAUGAUGAUGGUGACUGAGGCAUGAACAGUUCUUCAUCCUGGACUCACUCUGAAAACACUACCAUCGGGUUGAAGACGGCUUUUGGGUUUUUAAUAUUUUCCUGGAUACUGGUGCACAACAUGUAAACGUCUUCCCAUCAAUUAAGUUGAUCAAAAGUGGCAUUGAAUACAUUUACUAAAUUUCUGUUUUAAAUAAUUGCUGUUUUUUGGAGCCUACAAUUCAUCAAAGAGUCCUGAAAACAAAGUUAGAUUUUUUUCCACAAAAAUAUGAAGCAGCACAAAUGUUUUCAUUUAGAAAUGCAAAUCAGCAUAUUAGAAUGGUUUCAGAAAGAUCAUUUGAAUCAUUAAAAAAAGGAAAACAAUUAA